CGCCAGUCAGCUGAAUUUUGUUCCUGGUGUCGAUCACUUCACAGCCAACCGCCAACUCACGGUCGUGUGUGGAUAUUGUGAACAGUGUACCUCGGAGAAACCAAAAAUAGAAGUUACCUUAAUUAGAUAGCAAGGGAUAAGAUAAACAUAUUUGAAAAGAGUUAUAAGAGUGGACAACAGAAAAUAUUACUGAAAAUGAAUCUAGAACCAAAUAAUACUGUACAAAGUGCAAGAACCUCCAAAUUAUUCAAGCAUCAACAUUCGAGUGUGAAUAAAAAAUGAAAAGUCGAAAUCACCAAUAAAGACGAGAAUGAAUUCUAAGUUAAAUAAUGAAAAUAAAAGAAACUGAAAAGAUAAAAAUCAACUGUAAAUAAGAAGUCAAAUAGGUAAAAGAAAGAACAAAUAAACAAAUAUAUCAAAAUGGCGCCAAAGAGACCGCGAGCGAUUUUAAAUGUCACAAUACUCAUCAUUUUGUUUGUUUUCGCUAACGGCGAAGUGAUUCAUCGCCCUCGGACGCAGCUCGGCGAUUUAGCCCGCGGCGAGCGACGUGACUCGACCUCCGCCGAAGCCCUGACUUGGCUCAAACAACAGAUGGCGAUCAUUAGGGGCGAGAGCUACACUACUCUAGGCCUGGCGUGGGGGAAGGUGCGGCCCUCCACGUUGCCCGUCGGGCCACCCGCUACCCGCCCGACGACCACCACCGCCGCCCCCGCAGUCUCGGACCCUGUCACGCCGCCCGUCGCCGCUCCCUCCAGUGCCCCUGCUACUCCCGCUACCCCAGCCCCUUCCGGUCCCUUUCCUGCCACCCCAGUCCCGGAGACUCCCCCCUCACUAGCCCCUGUCCCGGACACUCCCCCCUCACUAGCCCCUGUCCCGGACACUCCCCCCUCGGCACCCCCUGUCCCGGACACUCCCCUUUCAGCAGUCACUGUCCCGGGCACUCCCCCUUCGGCACCCCCUGUUCCUUCCACUCCCUCCCCCACCACGUCGUCCCUUUCCAUGACCUCUACCACAUUGGCGAAAUCGGAUCCUGCUUCUCUGCCUUCUGAGACUUCUGCUUCCUUUACGACUCCUCCGACAAGUACCUUCUCUCCGACGACGCUUUCCACGACCGCGCCCUCUUCCUCAACGACUCCCAGACCCGCUUCUACGACUGAGACGUUUCCUGUGACCGAUUUCAUGAACGCGACUUCCUUGGGAGCCACUCCCUUGCCUCUGGUCGCGCCCGUCUUCUACUUCGGCGGCGCCCAAGGGAGCCAGAGCAAGGACGGCGGGGAGAGCUUAUUACGGGAGGAGGAUUGGUCGCAGGAUCUGGUGCAGGAAGGGGGCCUGCGACACGAGGGAAGCUAUCAGGACGCCCUCCACCAGCCAAAGAUGUCCGAAGUUUUCUCGAGGCCUUUCUUGUGGCUGGGGACCACUGAGCAACCCACCACGCCUGUCGUGCCGAUCACCCCCUCGAGUAGGUUGUCCACGACCCACUGGUACGACUACCUUUUAAACCACGUGACUCAGAAUGCCGGUAAGACUCCGCUCCUCACAAGCAACCAGUCCUUACCCUCUUCCCUUUCCUCUUCCUCGUCCUUACCCUCUCAUUCCUCCCUCUCCUUGUCCUCUUCCCCCUCCUCCCCAUAUGCCUCUCCCUCCCCCUCCCCCUCUUCUCCAGCCUUCCCCUCGGGAUUCGACCAAUCCCAGCCCUUCCUGAGGCCGACCGUUCGUCCUCCGCUCUUCCUCCGCCCCUCGACAUCUCCUCCCACAUUUGACCUCCGCCUUCAGGGUCCUCCCAGUCCUUUCGAGGAGCAUGGACCACCGCCCUCUGGAGGACGCGACCCAGCUCUGUCUGCCGGGGAAGCAUUCCAGGCGUCCCUGGACCCUGGACUCGCCAGCCUCCUCCAGUGGCUUCCUCAAGGGACCUCCUUCCAAGGGCUCCCUUACGUUCCUGAGGUGUCCACUGGUUUUCUACCGACGUCUCCUUCGCCUCAGCGCAGUGAAGUCACUUCUUCGGCGCCUCCUUUCCCUCAGGGUCCUCCGGGGUCCCACACCUCCUCGCCUCUCUUCCUUUCGUUCACGCCCGCUCCCCGCCCGCCCUCUGCCCCGCGUGGCCCUCCUCAGGCGUCUACGGGAGCUCCUUCUGACGCCUCCUCCUCCUCUUCUCUUUCUCCUUCUGUAGUACUACGCUCCCAGGACUCCGUCAGGCUUCCUGCAGGAAAGGUCUCGACGAGGCGAGAGCCCUCUGACGGCGGCGGCGGCGGCGGCGGCGUGCAGGUGAUCCCCCUCCGGCCGCCUUCCGGAGCGAGCCUGACGCAGGACGACUACCUCAGCAGCCUCCAGGAGGUGUUCAAGCACAUCGCCCUCUUCCAGCAGGGCGGCGGCGCGGCGGGACCUGGCACGGCGCCCCCGACCCCCCCUCAGCCCAUCCUGGUCGGGGGCGACGUGAACACCCUGGUCAAGGCCCCGGGGCAUUUCCACGGCGAGAAGGGAGGCCCUGUCAAGAACAUUCUCCUGGACAAUUACCAGGUCAGGUACCCCGUCCAGGUCGGCCACGGAGCUCCAGGUCUGCAGGUCGUCACUCCAGGCAGCGUUGCAGGUCACCAGGUCGUCCCUCCGGCUGGCGUUCAGACGAAUCAGGCUUAUUUCCAGGUCGCAAGUCCACACAAUUUCCAGGUCAAGAAGCCGGAGAGCGUCCAGAUUGGGAAUCCAGGUCCGAUCCAGAUUAGAUAUCCACCACAGGUCCAGGUCGUGAAUCCAAGCCAAUCCCAGGUCGCGAAACCAGGUCAGUCCCAGGUCACACAUCCAAGCCAAUACCAAAUCGUGAAAGCAGACCAGUCGCAGGUCGCCACUCCCAGCCAAUCCCAGGUCGUGAAUCCAGGGGGGCUGCAGAUUCGAACCCCAAUCCGCCUCCAGUCCAGCCCUUUGGGGAGCGAGCGGCAGGCCAACGGCACCAACUACCCCUUCGAUCUCGACCUGUCAAGUCUGGACGGUCAGUUGGCCUACCUCGUGUACCCCCAAUACGAAUCGCCUCCUGAGACCACGCCCCUUCCCGCCCCGGUGACCUCCCCCAGCGGCAGCAACAUGGAGAUUCUGUACCCUCUGCUGGGUCUGGGUCAGAACCAGCUGCAGAACCAGAGUCAGUCGGUUGUUAAUGAGGUGAGCUUCUGGAAUUGUGGUUGUCUGGUUGAUGUGUCUUUAUUGUUGUUGUGCUAUGACACGAGCAUCUAUAACGGAUCCACUCAAGCUCCUGCCACCGGAGGUUCUUCUCUCACAAGUGGAAGUGGAGGUGGAACGGCUGGUGGAAGCGGCGAUGGCGGGACGGCUGGUGGAGGCAGCGGUAGCGGGACAGCUGGUGGAAGCGAAAGUGGAGCAGUUGGUGGAACUACUGGUGGUGGAACAGUUAGUGGGAGUACCGAUGGUGGAACAAGUGGUGGAACAGACAGUGGAUCAGCUGGUGGGAGCACCGAUGGUGGAACGGCGGCGGGUGGAACGUCAGGUGGAACAGAUACUGGAACAGCUGGUGGAACGUUUGGUGGAACAGCUGGUGGAAGCAGCGACGGUGGAACAGCCGGUGGAAGCGGAGGCAGCGGAGUUGCUACCGUGGCGCUGCCAGUGGAAGGGGCAGACGCAGGAGGGGGAGGGGGCGGCGAGGAGAGCGAGCCCGUGCUUACGAGGCCGGCAGUGUACCGGUGCAACGAGCGCGGCAGCGAAAUGACGACCAACUUCGUGAACCCGUCGUACCCUUACCGGGACACGGUGGCUGGCAUCUGCAUGUUCCGGCUCGACCUGGCGCCGCGCGUCUGCCAGGUGCGCGUAGACGUGGUGGAGACGAACCUGGCGCCGCCGACGGAGGGCGUGUGCGUGCGGCAGUACCUGACGGCGCAGGGGUCCAUCUGGCGUCCCGGCGUCCAGCGCAUCUGCGGCACCAACAGCGACACCCACUUUUACCUGGAAGUAGAAGCGGAUGGGAAGCAACGCCCGUAUAUCGAGGUGGCCGUUUCGUCGCAGCCCGGACUGAGCUACCGAUGGGGCCUCUGGAUCACGCAGAUCGACUGCCAGCUGCCCUCGCCCGUCAAAGCUCCCCCCGGCUGCUUCCAGUACUACCCCGAGGCGACGGGCGAGCUCAAGAACUUCAGCUUCGACGACGGCCAGUACUACGUGGACCAGCACUACCGCAUGUGCCUCCUCGCCCCCCCCGGCACGUGCUCCGUCACCUUCUCGGCGCCGGCGGGCUCCUUCAUGCUCGAGAAGUACGGCAACAUCGACGAGGUGCCGUACAACAUGUCCGGCAUGAGCUCUCUCUACUGCGUCCGCGACUACCUCCGGAUUCCCGACGGAUCAGCUGACGGAGGCGCACACACGUCCUCCCACGACAGGUACUGCGGCGGACACCUCGCCUCCACGCACGGGGCAGCGGCGCCCAGUCCCGUUACAAGUCGAGUGAUCAGCAAAAUCGUGGCAGUGGAGUUUCACGCGGGAAUUCCACACAAAUUCAUGGCCAUUUCCCACGGACCCGGCUUUAGGGUCGCUUACCAACACAACCACUGCGCAGCCACGGAUACCUUUAAUCAGGUGAGCAUUCAAGACAGCCGGAGAUCUCGUCCCUCGCUGGUCCUGCCUCCUCCGCCGAUUCUUAAGGUCAGCGGAGGUCACCGGCAGUCGUACUACCGCACCCGACACCACAAGGUCAGCACGCCCCCCGACCUCCACGGCGAGUCCCCGAGCACUCUGGUUCCGCAGCCGUCCUUCCUCGCGACCUUGAUGCACAGUGACGGGGCCGGCGGCGGCGUCGAGGGAACAGCCACCGAAGGCGUGUUGGACCCAGGGUGGUCGCCCCAUUCUAUCUACAGAAAAAGGAGGCCCGGCCAUGAUUCUAAUCCUGAAGCAUCUUUGCCAUCCUACGCCUCCCGUCCAUCCUACUCAGCCAACUCGCCCUCCAAGCCUCACCGGCCUCCCCCUACCCUGCCUCCCCCCUACUGGAUGACGUCAGAUGAGGAGACCCCCCAAGCCAUCCGACUCCCCUCGCUCCCCUCAUUCCCUGCGCAUCCUACGCCUUCGAAACCAAUCUUAGACAAUGCCCAGGACACUUUAGGACACCCGCAGGACAUGAUCAAUCACCGGCCGCAGAACUUCUUCGGUGUCCCGUGAAAUCGGGGAUCGGAGAGUGAUUUGAUAUUUGGAAUUAUGAUUAUUCUUGUGAGACUGAAGGACGUCUUUAAAUGAUAGUGACAAAAAAACAAACACAAUGAUUUUGACAAAUGAAAGUGCUUUGUAAUAGUUAUUUUUGAAAUGUUUUAUGGCAUUGAAUGUUAUAUAUAUACGUAUAUGCCAAAUGAUGAACGUGAAACGUAUGAAAUACGCAUGUCAUUCAUAGAAUACUUUGCAAGUGAAAUAGACAUUGAAUGUGUUCAAAAGAGACUUUAGAAGUCAGAAAUUCGAGCAUGUUUGAAGUGCGCUUCUUGUAAAUUUAUUUUUGUCUCGCAGUAUUUCGAAUGUGAAUCACAACAAACUAUAGACACAUACAAUGAUAAAGAAAAAGAGAUAAACAUCACACAUCAGACUUCGGUGCAGAGAUAAAAGGCACAUCGAUAGACCACCAGCGAGAGGUGAUCCUACGUUAGUCAGUACACGCAGAUCUAAGCAGCGCGCACGUACGUGAACCUAUAUCUCUCUGGCUUGCGACAAAUCAUCCGAGGCAGAAAUUAAACACAGAUACGCCGAGGGAUAACAACUUCCAUUGCUUUUGAAGCCGCGGGGAUCUAUUCAAACUGUAGCGGAUGAGAAAUGUCGCCGGGCCUUCCUCGAUCCUGAUGAAACCGUCCGGAUAAGGAAAAGGGAAAGAGCUCGCUGUUUGAAGGGGGACUCAUUAGGCGUUUGGCAAGGCGACGUCUGCGGCCUCCUCGUCUUCCGUUGGCAUUUGAUGGUAUCAGGCUUGUUAAUCUUUUAUGGUAUCAGGCUUGUUAAUAAAGGUAUCAGAG